AAACCGGAGCCUUGGUUUGACACGACCCUACAUCUGCCUACACAUCAGGAAGAACUUGGCGAUUCUUCGCUCAGGAUUUAUCACUUGAAACAAGAACCACUCUUGUAAGAGUGACGUAAGCGAACCUGCCCUACCGUCGGAAAUAGCAGUACAUUCGAAACGACAGACUACUGCAACCCUCGGUUCACCACGUAUGUACACGGGUGCAAACAAUUCGCUACCGCAGCUCUCGAUUCGACAGUCAACUUCGAGUGUCAGGAAACUCGAAUAUGGGCAAAUACCGCUCCAGAAGCGGAUGUCUCACCUGUCGAGUCCGUCGCGUAAAAUGCGACGAAACACAUCCCGUCUGCAACGCCUGCAGCAAAAAGAACCGACCGUGCCAAUGGGAAGCGCCCCACACCAAAUUCAAAGAUUAUCAACCCUCCGAAGCAGGGUCGAGUAAGUCCGCUGUUGUCGACGGUGAGCACGAAGGUAUGGAAGUUGAUGGAGUUGAUGGAAUUGAUGGAAUUGAUGGAACUGAUGACGAGAGCCAAGCGAGCCGGAGCACUUCACCGAGGGCGAAUGAGGAGUGGAGAAACGAACGGGCCAUCACAACUUCCGAAAAUACGUCACGAUCAACAAGUGACCCAUCACCCAACGAUUCGAUCGGUAUACAUUCACCGGGCUCUCCAUUUCCUCUUUCGGGGCCCCGAACUCAAAGCAGCAUUUCUGUAGCAAGUUUGCUGCGGCAACCUUUGUCGGACGAUAUUCGACCGUACUCUCAGGAAGCUGUCCCUCUUACCCAGAGGGAAGCACGGCUCGUGCAUUACUACUCAGAACAUCUUGGCCGUUGGCUCGACUGCACUGAUGCAACGCGUCAGUUUACCCUAGGGGUCCCAGAGAAGGUCAAACAUUGUCCUGUCCUCUGCUAUGCAGUCUUAUCAUUUGCAGCUCGUCACCGUAGAGAAGAUACCACUGCUGAUGCUGCAUACCAACGCUGCAUUGCUUUACUUAUCGACCGGCUGAACGAGCCGAGUGCGAGUCACGAUGAAACAUUGCUGUGCGCCAUAGUCAUCUUAAGAUUCUAUGAGCAGCUCAAUGUACCUUCCACCACCGGCUCAGAUGCUGGGCAGCAUCUAGCAGGUUCCUCCGCGAUACUGCGCGCUUCGCAAGGCAACCAUUACGUAGAUCCUUCGGCGCCCACGCUUCGUGAAGCUGCAUUCUGGGUUUAUGUUCGUCAGUGUCUUUACACAGCUACUAUCAACCAGCAACCACUCGAUGUGGAUUUCUUAUUGCAGCUGCACCCAACACCAGGGUCCAUGCAUGACUCACAUCCGCUGGCGCGCUUGAGAUUGGAAACUGCUUGGGCCAACCAGAUGACUUGGAACACAGCUCUGAUUGUCAACUUCUGUUUCGAACCCGGUUCUUCGGCUGAACGCAAUAACAAGCUUGCCCGAUGGCAUGAGCUCUGGGAUCUUGUUCAAGCUUGGAUUAAGGAUCGACCUGAAGGCUUCGAUCCAAUCUGGCACGGGCCGGCUAGCGAGGUCGAAGGUAGCUGCUUUCCACAAAUUUGGUUCACAGCUGACUGGCAUGCCGUGGCAUUUGGUUUCUACCACUUCUCCUGCAUCAUGCUUCAUAGCUUCAAACCAGGGCCGCGGUUCGCCAUUCGCAGUGUUGGUAGUCUAUCAAUUACAGACCGUCAGAUCUUGCGGCAUGCACACGCAAUUUGUGGUGCAUGUGGGAGCACGCCUGAGACGGUGCAGCUUUCGAUCAUCCUAUGCCAUACCAUCUUCGUCUGGGGACCCCUGGUAACAGAAACACGGGAAAGAGACGAAGUUGUACAGCUUCUUGAGGACUUUGAGAAAACAAACGUUUGGCCGACUGCCUGGAUCAUCAAUGCUCUUAGAGCAGAAUGGGGUAUGGUCCAUACUUGAUCCCCUUCACUCCAUUUUCUGUAGCAACUCAUAGGAGCGUAGUUCCUGUAUCGAUACCCCCAUGUCUAAAAUUCUCUCCUCGCUUUUCAUUCACACGACUUCAGAUAGGCUCAUUCGAUCAACUAGAACUUCGGUUAGAGCUGUGGUUGGCUCGCAUGUUAUUAGCGAACAUUGGGACAAUGCAUCACGAUGGGGCUACACCGUGACAGGUG